UUUUAUACUAGUCUUUUUGUCAUGUGACAUCAUAGUACUUCCACCAACAAAAAUGUCUGGUUUUCUUAAUGAUCAACUCUCAAAGAAAACCUCAAUUUUUGGUCUAAGAUUAUGGGUUGUUGUUGGUAUUUGUGUUGGUGCAACUAUUGUUAUCUUAAUGUUCUUAAUCUCACUUUAUUUCACCUCUAAAAAAACCAAAAUUCUGUCAACAAAUGCUAUUCCAAAUGUUUCUAAAGAAAUCCAUGAAAUCCGGGUCGAACCGACCCGAACCCAUUUCCAAGAAAGUAGUCCAAACAAUACCCAUAUGCCACAAAACCAUAACUUGGGUCAAAAACCAUUUCAAGAAAAUGAGUCUUUACUUGAAGAUAAAAAUAGUAACAAUAAUAGCACUAAUUUGAAUGGAUAUCAAAAGAUACAGGUUGAGUUAGGGAAGAAGAAACACAGGGUUUCUUACCCGGAAAAAGGUGGAUUCGGGUCGGGUGGUGAUCAAAAUGGGUUUGUUUCGGUUCAGCCCGAGGUUUCACAUUUGGGUUGGGGACAUUGGUAUACUCUUAGAGAGCUUGAGAUAGCAACAAAUGGAUUUGAUGAUGAGAAUGUGAUUGGUGAAGGUGGUUAUGGGAUUGUUUAUUGUGGGGUUUUGGAGGAUAAGUCUACUGUUGCUGUUAAGAAUUUGAUGAAUAACAGAGGACAAGCUGAAAGGGAGUUUAAAGUUGAGGUAGAAGCAAUUGGGCGUGUACGUCACAAGAAUUUAGUCAGGUUGCUUGGAUAUUGUGUUGAAGGAGCUCACAGGAUACUUGUUUACGAGUAUGUAGACAACGGCAACUUAGAACAAUGGCUUCAUGGAGAUGUAGGCCCCACAAGUCCUCUUACAUGGGAGAUAAGAGUGAACAUUAUACUUGGAACUGCCAAAGGGUUGACCUAUUUGCAUGAAGGCCUAGAGCCCAAAGUUGUUCAUCGUGAUAUCAAGUCAAGCAACAUUUUGCUUGAUAGGCAUUGGAACCCAAAAGUCUCAGAUUUUGGUUUGGCCAAGCUUUUGGGCUCAGAAAGCAGUUAUGUCACAACCCGAGUCAUGGGAACUUUUGGGUAUGUUGCACCUGAGUAUGCUAGUACUGGCAUGUUGAAUGAAAGAAGCGAUGUAUACAGUUUUGGAAUUCUUAUUAUGGAGAUAAUAAGCGGUAGAAACCCUGUAGAUUAUAGCCGGCCUCAAGGAGAGGUGAACCUCGUUGAUUGGCUUAAAACAAUGGUAACAAAUAGGAACGCAGAGGGGGUUUUGGAUCCUAACAUACCCGAAAAACCUUCUUCAAGAGCAUUGAAACGAGUUCUUUUAGUAGCAUUGCGAUGUGUGGAUCCAAGUGCUCAAAAGAGGCCGAAGAUGGGUCAUGUGAUUCACAUGCUUGAGGCUGAUGAUUUUCCCUUCCAAAGUGACCGGAGAGGAAGUCGCGAAACGGGAAGGGAGAAGUCAUUUGAGAAACGACACAUUGAGUCAGGUGAUAGUAGUGGAUAUGAAAGUAGCAUUCAAACCAACAAAUCAGAAUGGAAAAUACAACACCAGUAGAAUGUACUUCAUUGAGAGCUGACAUUUGUGAAUAAUGUUGUCCAUUCAUCCCCAUCAUGUAAGUUUACACGUGUUCACGACUACUUGAUCAUUGUAGAUUCCAUAGCAACCUCAUCGGUUUCCAAAGUUCUCGUUUAUAAUGCUUGUUUGUUUCAUUGAUGAUGUGUUUUUGGUUUGUGUUUAUAUGUGUAUAUUGUUGGUGGGAAAACAAGAAAAUAGAAAUGGAAUUUUGACUUGUUUUUGUAAUUGAAUGAAUUUGAACACAUGAUACUUUGGUAACC